AUGGAUGGACCUGUGGUAGUUUGGCGCUUUCCCUAUUCUAAGAACCUUCAAAUAAUGAAACUUUCUGCACUGCAACCACUCAAAAAACACAAACACAGAUUACAGCCUUUUGCAUUUAAUCUUCCAGUCAUGCAAAUCAAUUCUGGCCUCGAAUCUGCUAAACAUGGUCACUACCGCCUACUUCCUGAUUCAGAACCUUCUUUGGCCUCGGAAAAUGAUCUGAAAAUUGAAAGAAAGGAGACACAGCACAAGGAGGCUUCUCAAGAAGAAUUGCCAAGACUGAAGGUGCAGGAUGUUUCUGUUCGUAGGAAGACUCGGAUCAACAAGUAUGCUCUCGCUGGAGCAAUUCUGGCCUCCACAAACUCUGUUCUUUUGGGCUAUGACAUUGGGGUGAUGAGUGGUGCAAUACUUUACAUUGAGGACCACCUGAAGAUCACACCAAUCCAAGUGGAGUUCUUGGUAGGUUCCCUUAAUGUAUGUUCAUUGAUUGGAUCGCUAGCUGCUGGUAGGACAUCUGAUUAUAUUGGAAGGCGUUACACCAUUGUCCUAGCAGCAGCCACUUUCCUUGUCGGUGCACUUCUGAUGGGAUUGGCUCCAUCUUUCAUGUUCCUCAUGGCUGGAAGGGUAGUGGCUGGCAUUGGUGUUGGCUUCUCCCUAAUGAUCGCUCCAGUCUACACCGCAGAACUCUCCCCAGCCAUGACUAGAGGCUUCCUAUCUUCUCUCCCUGAAGUCUUCAUCAACAUUGGAAUUCUACUAGGUUACAUCGCUAACUACAGUCUAUCAAGUAUUCCACAGAACAUAAACUGGAGAUUAAUGCUUGGACUUGCAGCGUUCCCAGCUAUAGGAGUUGCAUUAGGUGUUAUGGUGAUGCCCGAGUCCCCUCAUUGGCUUGUCAUGAAAGGCCGAUAUGAUGAAGCAAAGCAGGUUCUAAUCAAAACCUCAGAAUCCACGGAUGAAGCAGAAUUGAGACUAGCUGAAAUGAUAAAAGCUGCUACAGAUUUGACGAAUGCGGCUUCUUCAAGCAAUUGGCGUGGCCAGGGGGCUUGGAAAGAGCUACUGUUCUCCCCAUCUCGUCCCAUUUUCCGUAUUCUCAUUGCCGCUAUUGGAGUUAACUUCUUCAUGCAAGCUUCAGGAAAUGAUGCUGUAGUGUAUUACAGUCCAGAAGUGUUCAAAGAUGCAGGAAUCCAAAGCAAGAAACAGCUUAUAAGUGUUACAAUCAUCAUGGGAAUAGCCAAGACAUCAUUUGUUUUGGUGUCAGCAGUUUUCUUAGACAGGCAUGGAAGGCGACCCCUCUUGUUGUUGGGCUCAAGCGGAAUGGCUAUUUCAUUACUUGGGUUGGGUCUAGGCUCCAAUUAUCUUGAGCAGUCAAACAGUAAGCCUGUAUGGGCGAUUGCAUUAUGUAUAGUGGCUAUCUGUGCUGCUGUAUCCUUCUUUUCAAUAGGGCUUGGGCCAAUUACAUGGGUCUACUCAUCAGAGAUAUUUCCUACAAGGUUAAGGGCCCAAGGUUUAAGCUUGGCAGUAUCCGUGAACAGGUUGGUAAGUGGGAUCAUGACCAUGACAUUUCUAAGCAUUUCAAAGCAGAUAACAUUCGCAGAAGGACUGGCAGAUCUGCGUAUCUUGGUUAUCGAUGAGGCUGGUCAGGCUAAGGAAUGUGAAUCAACCAUUGCCCUUUUUCAGCAUAGAGGAAAGGGAAAUGAGGGAAACUUAGCUAAUGGCAUGGAGAUGUUUAAUGAAAUGGAAGAUGAACCUCACUCCCAAUUUGAGCAUAUGGCAGGAAAAGGUAUCAACUACAAAAGUGAUGUGAAGGGAAAGCUACAGGUGAAAAACAUGGCGCUAUUUGCUGAGAGUGAUGUUCUUUCUCGUGCAUGA